ACGUGUCGGCCGAGGCCGGCCAAUCAGAGCGUUUCUUGCGCGGCCGGCGGGGCGGUUUGAAGGCCGCUUCAAGAUGGCAGCGCUACCGCCGCCUCCUUCGCUUGUGGCCAGAGCCGCUGAGGGGAGCUUUGUGAGGGGAACGAAAUGAAGGGCCGGGGCGGCCGGCAGGCCACGCUCUUCCAGGCGUGGGGGUCCUGGCCGGCCCCUGCCGCGGAGGAUGAGGAGCGGGAGUUGGCUGCGCUGGCGGAGGCGGCCGAGGCCGAGGCGUCAUCGUCUUCGGGGGGCUUCGUCGGGGGCGCGCCCGGGGCGCUGUGGGUGUUUCCGGGCGGCGGGGCCGUGGAGGAGCGCGCGUACCAGGUGCGGGCGGCGCGGGCGGCGCUGCUGGCGAACACGCUGCUGUGCCUGCCGACCGGGCUGGGCAAGACGCUGGUGGCCGCCGUGGUCAUGUACAACUUCCACCGCUGGUUCCCCCGCGGCAAGGUCCUCUUCCUGGCGCCCACCAAGCCCCUGGUGGCCCAGCAGCGCCGCGCCUGCGCCCGCCUCAUGGGCAUCCCCGCGGACCACAUGGCGGAGAUGACCGGAGGUACCCAAGUGGUUGAUCGGAAAGAAAUCUGGCAAAAUAAGAGGGUCUUCUUUCUUACUCCUCAAAUAAUGACAAAUGAUCUUUCCCGUGGAUUGUGUCCUGCAGCGGAAGUUAAAUGUCUUGUUAUCGAUGAAGCCCACAAAGCGCUUGGAAAUUAUGCCUAUUGUCAGGUUGUGAAAGAAUUAUGCAGAUAUACCCGGCAGUUCCGUAUUUUGGCUCUAAGUGCCACUCCCGGUAGUGAUGCAAAGGCUGUGCAACAAGUUAUUUCCAACCUGUUGAUUUCACACAUAGAACUAUGUUCUGAAGAUUCCCCUGAUAUUCAGCCUUAUUCUCAUGAGCGGCAGGUUGAAAAAUGUGUCGUUCCACUUGGGAAAGAAUUGGCUGAAGUUCGGAAUGCUUACAUCAAGGUCCUGGAAACUUUUGCUGGCCGACUGAUUAGGCUCCGGGUUUUGUCUCAACGUGACAUUUCUGCAAUUACAAAAUAUCAGAUAAUUCUAGCACGGGAUCAAUUUAGGAAAAAUCCUGCUUCCCACUUCGUGGGGAUGCAACAUGGUGUAAUAGAAGGAGAUUUUGCUCUUUGUAUUAGUUUAUAUCAUGGUUAUGAGCUCCUGCUACAAAUGGGGAUGCGGUCACUAUAUAUCUUCUUAUGUGGAAUUAUGGAUGGCUCAAAAGGUAUGACUCGUGCCAAAAAUGAACUUGGGCGUAAUGAAGACUUCAUGAAGUUGUAUAGUCAGCUUGAAAACAUGUUUGCAGGCACAGAUGUGUCUUCAGCAAAUGGAGCUGGAAAGAGGAAGCAAUUCAUCUACAGUCACCCAAAAUUAAAGAAAUUAGAAGAUGUUGUUGUAGAACAUUUCAGAACCUGGAAGGAACGUGGAGAUCCGAAUACAUCUGAAGGCAAGCCUGCAGAUACCAGAGUCAUGAUCUUCUCCUCCUUUCGCGACAGCGUCCAGGAAAUUGCAGAGAUGCUUAGUCAACACUACCCGGUUGUGAGGGUCAUGACUUUUGUGGGCCACUCUACAGGCAAGAGCACGAAGGGCUUUACGCAGAAGGAGCAGCUUGAGGUAGUGAAACGUUUCCGUGACGGUGGCUACAACACUUUAGUCUCCACAUGUGUAGGAGAAGAAGGCUUGGAUAUUGGGGAAGUUGAUCUCAUCGUUUGUUUUGAUGCUCAGAAGAGUCCAAUUCGGCUUGUGCAGCGAAUGGGCCGCACUGGACGCAAGCGGCAAGGACGGAUCCUUGUCAUCCUUUCUGAAGGACGGGAAGAGCGAACUUACAAUCAAAGCCAGUCCAAUAAAAGAAGUCUUCUCAAAGCAAUUUCUGAAAACAAAGGGUUCCACUUAUACCAGCACAGCCCACGCAUGAUUCCAGAAGGCAUCAACCCAAGGAUGCACAGGAUGCUGAUCACACCUGGAGAGGGUGAGCCAAGCACCUCUAGGCCCAGCUCAAAAGAGAGGAGAGGCCAGAUUCGGCUGCAGAAGUGGCUUUCCUAUUCCACUGGCACAGAUGCAAAGCAAGCCAGUCCAACUGAAGGUUGGUGCCUUACCGCUGAAGAAUCUGAAAGAUGGAAUGGAUUAUAUAAAAUAAAAGCUGGCGAUGGAAUAAAAAAACCAGUUAUGCCUCGAAGUCACUUUGAAACUUUAGAAGAUGAGAAGAGAACAGACUCGCAAGCUGAAGAGGUCCACGAGUUGUCUCUGGCAGAGUGGAGACUGUGGCAGAAUCGCCCUCUCCCUACUGUUCUGACGGACCACUCGGAUCGUUGCUACCACUUCAUUAGCGUCAUGGAAAUGAUAGAGCAGAUGAGACACGAAGAGGGAGAAUGCAGUUAUGAGCUGAAAACCCAGCCUUAUUUUCACUGGGAAGAUGUUGAUGCCUCAGAUGUUCAGAGGAGGAAAAGCGGCCAUGAUGCUGCAGGUGCUCAGAAGGUGCCUUUGUCCAGAAAAACCCUGGGAGUUGCAUCCAAAGCAAAACAUAACUCGUCUUCCUCCGAGGGGUUUGAUGCAGAAUGUGUCUCUCUCUUCAAAGCAACCAGCUUCAAAUCUGUUAAUAGACCUGAAGCACUGAGUGUAAUAUCUGAGGGUCAUGCGAAAGAGGGCCACAGCCCUUCAGAUUGUUUUUCAACACACAUUUUGCUAUUUGUUGAAGAUGCUGGAUGUAAAAAAAUGUCAGAAAAGAAUAAGGAAAAUAUGGAUGUAUCUGCGAGCACAAGCUCUCUCCAAAGGAGCAUCGCUAAUCACGAAAGUGCAGCAGCAAGAGAAUUUCAGCCUGCCUCAAAAGAGGGUGGUUCUUGGAACAGAGACAGUGUGGAUUCUGGCUACAGUUGCCUUGCAGAAGACAAUUCACUCCUUUCUUCUUCCAUGUUUUAUCUGCCAGCACCAGAGGUGGAUUUGUUUGCACUCCCUGUUAAAAGUGCUGAUGAGGACCCUUCAUGGGGAAAAGACAUCCUGAUAAAUGCAGCAAGGCUUCUGACACAGUCUCCCCCAUCUCUGACUGAAUUCUUUGAUUCUGAAGAAGAGAGGGAGAAUGAAGCCCAACAGUUUGGCUCAGUGCAAAAACGUGAUUCCAGUGUGUUCACGGACAAACUUCCUCCAGAAGAAAAAUUGACAUCUUUCAAGAAUUCUUCCAUGUCAACUCAGAACACCUCUGAACUCAUUGACACCCAUAAACUGUGUUCCUUCAAUAAUGCUUUGGAAACAAGGUUCAUUCUGGAGGCUUCCAUUAGCCAGAUAAAUGAUCUUGAUUGGGAUGAACUUUUUGAGGAUGACGAUGAAGAGCAGAUUGGAAUUCAAGGGGAAAAUCUGUUGAUGGCAAAUCAUGAUUCAGAAAUAAACCACUUGGGAGGAGAGUAUCAGAAAUCCCAUAAAAGGGCUGGGAGAAAUGCAAGCCCUGAUGGAGAUGAUUUUGCAGAGAGUAGCCAUCUUCCAGACAGAAAUGGAGGGAAGUUUUCAGAGUUUUCAAUUUUGUGUCAUCAAGCAGAAGUCCCUGAAGGGCAGCCUUCAGAGGAGGGUUUUACAAUCAGCCAAGGAAACCCCAUGAAGUCAUUAAUAACCCACAAGGAUGAAACUUUGGAAGCAUCUGUUGAUCUUGAUCAUGCAAGCGAAGCAAAAGUCCAGCAUCAUGAAGAGUUGUAUAAUGCUUCUCAGGAGUUGUUCUCUGUUAACUUUGAUCUUGGGUUCGCUAUUCAAGAAUCAGAGGAUGAGACUUCAGAGCAAGUUAGCACCAUAAGAGAUGGAGACAGUCAUGUAGUAGUUAACUCCAAUAGUGCUGAAGUCUCUCUUUCAAAUGGCAACUUGGCAAGGAAGUCUCCAUUAACCUGGGAUAAUGAAUGUUUUGAUGGGACUAAGUUUUCUACACCAUUACAUGUACAGAAUCAGAAUUCUGGUCUAGCAGCAACUGAAACUGUUAUUCCCUUGGUCUCUCCUUUAACACCCGCGAGAGAGAAACUGUGCCAAUCAUCAGGCUCUGUACAGACUCUGUUUUCUACCCCAACAGGUAGACAGAUGAUGCAUAUUAGGGUCCCCAGAAGAACCUAUAUGGACUCCUUCUCUAGAAAUAGGCAGGGAAACCCACAGCCAGUUCCAAGGAAAGUAAACAGUAGUACAGUUAAAAAGGUCUUGGCAAACUCCAUUUUCAGAACAGAGGGGCUUGCAUCGCGAGACACCGGAAAGAUGGAAAACAGAAACCUAAAUGGCUGUAAUGUGCUUUCUGCUGAAGUUGGCACCAGCAGUGAAAGUGAAGAAGAAAUUGUUUUUGUCAGGAAAAACAAGAAGAAAGUAAACAUUUUGACAUCGCCAAAUAUUAACAGCAGCUGUGACUUGGAAUCACCAGUUCAUGCCGUCAAGAAACGGAGGCGUCCACCUAUUGCACCAGAUUUGUCUAGUGACGAAAGCACAGGCCAAGUCUUGAGUGGCAUGAAGAGCCGGAACAAGAAGCCAGUUCAAGGCAUGAAGAGGCAGAAAAGGGGGGACGUUGCUCUGAUGGUGAAUGCAGCCAAGCAUUUCAUCGAGGAAGAGGCAGAGCUUUCUGAAGGAGAAGCCAUGGAGGUUUCAUCCGAUGAGAGCGUUGGCUCAGAAAAUGAACUUAGCUCUUCCCUCAUUCAGUUUCUCAAUGAUGAGACACAAGAUCUAAAUGAUUCUGAGAUGCAGGCAAUUUACCUGAAAUCUGUGCGUAGCCCAGCUGUUGGCAACAGGUAUAAGAUGGUGCAUAAAGAAAGGAACUUUGUGACUGUUUUCUCUCAGGUUCCAGAGCAGGAUGAAAGCUACUUAGCAGACAGUUUCUGUGUUGGGGAAGAGGAGGGUGACCUCAAAAGCUGCUCUAGCGAAGAGGAGGAAGUUUGUGUCAAUUUCAACCUGUUAGAAGACAGUUUUGGGAGUGGGAGGAAGCAAUACUGCACCCGCCGUAGGAGGAAAUUGAAAGAGUUGCGGACCGAGCUGGGAGGGGGAGCUCCGUCAGUGCUAAAGAAACGUUCCCGGGUUCGGAUUCUCAACACCUCUAGUGAAGAUGAAGGAGUGGUCAGAACGGAAAUGCCACCCAUUGCUGAAGCUGCCAAAAGCUCUCAUUCAGUCCCAUCGCUGGCUUUGGACGAUGGUCUGCACCAGAGCACAUCUGCUUCAAAGACUCAGAUCCAUCUGCCCCAAGAGAGCAGGGCUCAAGUGCUACUGGAACUAAAAUCUUGCUUGUCAGAAGAGCUGGCCUUCCGCUCUCAAGGCAAACUUGAGCCGCUGGGUGGGGACCUCCAGGCUACGGUAAAGCCAGGAAGCUCUUCAGGACACCUUGAUGUGCUCUGUUCCUCGUCUUCCGCUGGGCUGCCCCUUGGAGACCUGAAGAACCAAACACUGCCUCUCUGUAUUCUGGUGGACAGCCGCGAGAUCUCCUCUGGGCCAGACGUCAUUUCCACCCUGAAAGCUGUUCACAGAGUCAAGGUUCAGGUUUGCUCUCUGGGUGGCUGCGAUUACGUUGUGAGCAACCGGCUGGCGGUGGAGAGGAAAUGCCCAGCAGAGCUGCUGAAUGCUGCACACAGGAGCAAAGCAGUCCAGAGGGUGCAACAGCUGAAGAGUACGUUUGACAGGAUCUGUGUGAUCGUGGAGAAGGAAAGAGUCAAAGCAGGAGAAGCAAGGAGAGCAUUGCACAGAACCAAGCACUACAACAGCAUGCUCUCGGCCUUCAUCCGGGCAGGCAUCCGAGUGCUCUUCAGCUCCUGCCAAGAGGAAACUGCCGGCUUGCUGAAGGAGCUGGCUUUGUUAGAGCAACGGAAAGACGCAGCCAUCCUUGUGCCAACAGAGGUGGAGGGGCACAGGGAAGAAGCCUUCCGUUUCUACUUGAGUAUUCCUUGUGUCGGCUACCCGGCAGCGCUCGCCUUGUGCCACUGCUUUGGCUCAGUGAAAGAGAUGGCAAACAGUUCCCCGGGCGAGAUGGCAGCCCGCACCCAGAUGAGCCAGCAGAAGGCAGAGGAGGUCUACCAUUAUGUCCACUAUGCUGUUGAUGCCCAGAUGCUGCCUGACAAGAUCACAUGACCAACUGGGAAAUCAGAGGGCAGCCCUUUUUUAAAGAUGCACUUUAUUGUUACAUUUCCUCUCUGUAACAUAUGUAAAUAAACUUUCAA